AAACGGACUGUCUCAAUCAUCAAAUCAGGAUGUUUGUUCUCAUCUGGGCGACUCUGCUUUUCUCUGUGAGAGGCAUCACUGCUGAUACAGAGCAAAGAGGAACAAAGUACAAAAGGUAGACGAAGAGAGGAAGAGUCAGUUCAGAGCAGAGACACAGAGCAGAGAUCACUGUGGUGAGAAGAGAACAGGAGAUCAAGAGGAAAAGAGGAAAAGAAACGGACUGUCUCAAUCAUCAAAUCAGGAUGUUUGUUCUCAUCUGGGCGACUCUGCUUUUCUCUGUGAGAGGCAUCACUGCUGAUACAGGAAAAGAAACGGACUGUCUCAAUCAUCAAAUCAGGAUGUUUGUUCUCAUCUGGGCGACUCUUCUUUUCUCUGUGAGAGGCAUCACUGCUGAUACAGGUGCUUCAGUGGGGGAAAGAACACAGUGUCUAGAACAAUUCUGUAUCACUCUCACAGGAGGAGAAAUAACAGCAGAGGCUGGACUCUGUGUUGUGAUACCGUGUUCUUUCAACAGUACUAAUGGCUUUACACUUCAACAUAUGUUGUUUAUGAAAUGUGAACCAUAUACAAAAUAUUGUCAGGAGUCGGACAUGAUAUUCAGCACUGACGAGAACAAUCAAGUUCAGUCUGGGUUUAUGGGACGAGUUUCACUGUUGGAGCCUGACAUGAGUCAGAGGAACUGCAGCAUCAUCAUCAAUGACCUCACUGAGUCAGACUCUGGAUCAUAUCAGCUCAGAAUUGAGUAUUCCCAGUAUAAUAACAACAAGGGAUUUACAUUCCAGCUAAAAUCAAAUGUCUCUGUUAAAGGUCUGACCCAGAAUCCCACAGUGAUGGUUCCUCCUCUGACAGAGGGACAGCAGACCACACUGACCUGCACUGCUCCUGGUCUCUGCUCUGGAUCUGAUCCUAAAGUCACCUGGACGUGGAGAGGAGCAGGAAACAUCACUGCUUUCAUGACUGAGGAUCUGACUGCUGUCACAAAGAAACACAGCUCAACUUUGACCUUUAACCCUUCAGCUGAACAACACGGCUCCAACGUCACCUGUAAGGUCAGCUUCACAAACAACAUCACUACAGAGGAGACAGUGACUCUGAAUGUGACCUAUGUGAAGAAACCUGUGAUCACCGGAAUGACAACUGUUAAGGAGGGUGAUGCUCUACAUCUAACCUGCAGUGUUGAGAGUUCCCCCCUCUCCACUCUCAUCAUCCUUAAUGUGACAGCAGAAUGUUCUGGAGAGUACAUCUGUACAGCAAAGCACCAGAACACUACUCUGACCACACCUGCUGAAGUAAAUGUAAAAUAUGUGAAGAAACCUGUGAUCACCGGAAUGACAACUAUUAAGGAGGGUGAUGCUCUACAUCUAACCUGCAGUGUUGAGAGUUCCCCCCCCUCUGUUAUCACCUGGACUAAACUUGGCUCCAACAAAAACCUGCAAAGUGAAAAUACAAGCGUCCUGAAGAACAACACUGGAACAGCCACUCUCAUCAUCCUUAAUGUGACAGCAGAAUAUUCUGGAGAGUACAUCUGUACAGCAAAGCACCAGAACAUUACUCUGACCACACCUGCUGAAGUAAAUGUAAAAUUUCAUCCAAAGGUCUUCAGUAGCUCUGCAUGUGAGGUUCAGUGGGAGGUCCUGACCUGUGUGUGCAUCAGUGAGGGUUUCCCUUUACCCACCAUCAAAUGGCCGAUGUUGAAAACUCGCACUGAAUACUCUUUCACUACCAAUAAGUCAAACCACAUCGUCAUCAGCUUCGCCAAAUCUGUAAAAGAUCUCAACUCCACCACUGUUGAGUGUGUCAGCACCAAUGAAAUUGGGGAAGCAAAAGAGAACCUCCAAGUCAGAACAAAGGAGUUAAAAGAAAACGAUCUACUCUUUGCAUUUUUAUUAAAAUUUGUACAGCCGCAAGUCAUCAUUGCGUUUUUGAUUGGGAUACUUCUUGCAUCAACGAUCUGCUGUUUGGCCGUAAAAUGCUGCAGAAAUAAACAGAAGAACUCUGCUGAGGCUCUGGAGAUGGUGACGACUCAAGCGGUUCCACUGUUAGAUGCUGGUCAAGGAGUGGACAAUGACCAAGGGGAAUCUGAAGAAGGAGCUACAGCUGCUGGGCAAUCUGCCUCUGGUGGUGAUGUGGAACCAAAAGAGUUGGAGUACUCUGCCAUCGACUUUUCCUUGGUGAAAAGGAAGAGUCCCUUAGGGGCAGAGAAUACCCAAGAGACCAAAGAUACAGUGUAUGCCAAAAUCAAAAACAAAGCAAAAGAGGAGAGACAAAACGAUGGUGCUGAGGAGGUAGCAAUGGUGGAGGGCAGUGAAGAGGAGGAGGUGAUGGUAGGGGAAGAUGAGGAGACAAAACAGUAUCUGCCGAAGGACGAGGAAGGAGGUGAGAAUGUGGCAGUGUACUCCAAUGUGAAGGAAAUAAUGGGGGAGAUAGAAGGACUGUAUAGCAUGGAGGAGUCACUUAACAAUUAAUGUUUCUUUCCUUUUUUUGAAUUUGGAAAAGAGAGAAAACACAACAGGUGAUUCAUCGCAGACAGAUGAGACAUAAUGUAGUGAAACAAGCUUUACAUUAAACAUAGGACGAGCUUUAGUGCAAGAUGGGGUUGAUAUUCAUAUUUUAUAUUUGAUGCUGGUGUGUAUGUAUGAGGUUGAAGUAUAUCAUAUUUUACAGAAAGGGAAGCAGUUAGAUUCAAUGAGAAUAAAACAUAAAUAAUAAUACAUUUUAUUUAAAUAGCGCUUUUCAAAAAAGUCAGAUACACUUUACAAAGGGGAUAAAAUAGAGAUAAAUAUUUUAAAACAUACAUCCUAGACAAUUAAGCAGGAAGGACA